AACAAAUUCCAUAGCAAAGCACUUUAUUGCUUCAACCAACAACAAAAGUAGCAAAAAGUGAGCAUGGGAAAUUCCUUGGUCACAUUGUUCCUCCUCACAUUGUUGUUGCUUGUGGGCAAUGUUCAAUGCAACCCAAACUACAGAGAAGCAUUGGCUAAAUCCUUGUUGUUUUUUCAAGGGCAGAGGUCAGGGAGGCUUUCUUCUGACCAACAAAUCAAAUGGAGAUCAAAUUCUGGCCUCUUUGAUGGUCGCCUAGCCAAUGUGGAUUUAAGUGGAGGGUACUAUGACGCAGGAGACAAUGUGAAAUUCAACUUUCCAAUGGCCUACACCACUACCAUGCUGUCAUGGGCCACAAUUGAAUAUGGGAAGAGAAUGGGACCCCAAAUCAAAGAGGCAAGAGCUGCAAUUCGUUGGGCCACAGACUACCUCCUCAAGUGUGCCACAUCCACACCUGGUAGGCUCUAUGUUGGUGUUGGAGACCCAAAUGUGGACCACAAAUGCUGGGAGAGGCCAGAGGACAUGGACACUGUCAGAACUGUCUAUUGGGUCUCUCCCAGUAACCCUGGCUCUGAUGUGGCUGCUGAAACCGCUGCUGCACUUGCUGCUGCAUCUAUUGUUUUCAGAAGGGUUGACCCAACAUACUCUAACAAGUUGUUAAGAACUGCCCAACAGGUCUACCACUUUGCUUUGCAGUAUCAAGGUUCUUAUAGUGAUUCACUUGGAUCAGCUGUUUGCCCAUUUUAUUGCUCAUAUUCAGGUUUCAAGGAUGAGCUAUUGUGGGGAGCUGCAUGGCUUUUCAGAGCAACAAAUGCUGUUUUCUACUAUAAUUUGGUGAAGUCCUUGGGAGCUGAUGAUCAGCCAGAUAUCUUCAGCUGGGACAACAAAUAUGCUGGUGCACACGUCCUUCUCUCCAGGAGAGCAUUGCUGAAUGGUGAUAAGAAUUUUGAUCAAUACAAGCAAGAAGCUGAGAAUUUUAUGUGCAAGAUCCUGCCCAACUCUCCCUCUUCAAGCACACAAUAUACACAAGGGGGACUCAUGUACAAGCUUCCUGAAAGUAACCUCCAGUAUGUGACAUCUAUAACAUUCUUGCUUACAACCUAUUCAAAGUAUAUGUCAGCUACAAAGCACACAUUUAACUGCGGCAAUGUCUUGGUAACUACAAACACCUUGAGGAGCAUUGCUAAAAGACAGGUUGAUUACAUAUUAGGUGCAAACCCAUUAAGAAUGUCUUACAUGGUAGGCUAUGGUCCAUACUUUCCCAAGAGAGUUCACCACAGAGGAUCUUCCUUGCCUUCAAUAGAAGCUCAUCCACAAACCAUAGGCUGCGAUGGAGGUUUCAACCCGUUUUUCCAUUCAAUGAAUCCUAAUCCUAACAUAUUGGUUGGAGCCAUAGUCGGAGGUCCAAACCAAAAUGACGGAUUUCCAGAUGACCGCAGUGAUUACAGUCAUUCUGAGCCUGCAACUUACAUCAAUGGUGCUUUUGUUGGACCUUUGGCAUACUUUGCCGGUAUCCACUAAUGUUUGAUUCACCUAAAUUGGAAGGUUAAGUAGAAUUUGGUUAUCAAGUGUAGAUGUUAUCUUAUCUGCACCCAACAAAGGGAGGUCUACCAAGCCAAAAAGCAGAUGGUGGAGUGGACUUUAAAGUUAGUGGUGCUCAGCCCUUUGACACAAAAAUGUAACUUAUAGUAAUUAUUAUUAUCCAACAUAUUUACUGUGCUUUAUGCUACAUGAUGAAUCACCUACCCGACUAUUUAUCUCUUUCAA